ACGGCGGAGACGGCUCGGUGGCGGCGGCCAUGGCGAGCGCGGUGGCCUGGCCUGCGCAGCGGCGCGGCCGGCGCGGCGGACGGCGAGCGCGGCGCGCGGCCUUUGCAGCGGGCCUCGGCGCGCCGGCCACCCUCGAGCUAGGCCACGGCCCCCCUCGUCGACGGCGACCAUGGCGCGUGCGAUGGGGUCCACCUCUCCCUCAGGCCUGGAGCUCAGCAUGGCUGUUCCAGGCCUCAGCUCCUCCUCUGGCUCAGUAGGCGUGGAAAACUUGCUUGGGGUUUGCGCCGGCGAGCGGCGGCGAGGAGGAGUUCCCGAUGGGCAGCGUGGAGGGGAGGAGUUCCCGAUGGGCAGCGUGGAGGAGGACGAGGAGGAGCGGGGGCGCCGGCGCCGGCGGGCCGCACCGCCCCAAGAAGCUCCGGCUCUCCAAGGAGCAGUCCCGCCUCCUGGAGGAGAGCUUCCGCCUCAACCACACCCUCACGCCGAGCCUCAAUUCAAGCUCGCCGGCACGAGGUCAGCGGCGGCGUGGGCGAGGGCGACGGGGCGGGGACUUGGUCGCGAGCGACCCCUGCGACGGUGUCCGGAUGAGCCCCGUCGCCAGCCGGAGCUGCGGCCGCGCCGGCGCCGCGGCCGCUUCUUGCCCGUUCUGGCCGGAGGAGGGGGAGGCGGGGCGGCGGCAGGAGGUGCAGCGUGGCCGCACGUGGGAGAUGAAGCGGCCGAACUUACAGAUGGGUCCCACGUGAAUAGGGGCUUGAGUUGCUAGCCUGGCUGGAAUUGGGCCUCAAUUUGAGCCCCUAUUUGUUGCAAAUCGACUUGCAAAAUGAAAUUUAAGGACUUAAUUUUGCAGGCCCGGCUGGAGAUGCUCUUAGAACACAAGUCGCUGGUCCCUAAAAAGGAUCCUUGUCCUAGAAAUGCCUCUGAUUAUACUCUGAUCUAAGAUUAAAAAUUCGGAUCUGUAUGUAGCAUAUGGAGGAAGGACCAUUUGAACCACGUUGCAUGUUCCUCGAAACUCCUUGGAAGUUUUCUCUCAACAUACCAGGGGACAAGCUAGUAUUUUUACUGUGGCAACGAGUAUAAGGAAAACAAGCAAAGGCAAAUUAAGAACCGAUCGAACAGAUACAAUUUUAUUCAGAAGCAAGAGAAACAAAGACGGAGCUGGGGACGUAAUAACUAAAGUGAUGGCAGAAGCUACAUCACUUUAUCUGUGUGAUUAAAGAUAACAGACUAGAGUAACAAAGAUUCCUCCAUGGGAGAAUUGAGAGGACAUACAGAGCAGCCGCUGCUGAGGCGCGGAUCAUGUCUUUUGUUCUUUGAAUUAGGAGCAACAUACCACACAACUUGAUGGAUCGCCGUAGCACCCGUUGCCCCAAGCACAAGGUUGGCCCUCGGUGACUGAAUACAUGGAGAAAAUCAGAGUAACCAAGAUUAGUUAAAUCUCCAUGCAGUUAGCAAUAUACUGAUCAAAAUGGGAACUUCAUUUAAAUGUGCAACUAGAGAGAGAGAGAGAGAUGUUGCCUUGGGGAUGGAGGGCCGCCAUGAGAACCACCACGGCCAUGACCCAGAUGAGGAGCACGAGGAAGGUGUUCCUGCCGGCCAUGUCCGAAAUGACUCAGCUGCUGUUUGCUUGUACUUCCCUUGUAAACAAGUACUACUCCCUCGAGCGAGCACUUGUACAUACAGCCAGUCAGCUGUGACGGAACUGCCAAAUUAAAACUCUAAUUAAGCGUAAUGGUCGUCAUUUGAACA